AUGCUGACGCUCGCCCGCCGCUCUCCAGCGCUCGCCCGGCCGUCGGCGCUUCGCUGUGUCUCGACCGCACCGACGGUGACAUCUUCGUCCUCGUCCGCCCCGUCUCCUGCCGACCGCGGCAGUCUCCAGGACCUGCUCGCGGGCAACGCCACGGCCCGCAAUGGCGUCGAAUACGUCGUGUCGCGCGUGGACGACCUGGUGAACUGGGGACGCAAGAGCUCGCUGUGGCCCAUGACCUUUGGUCUGGCAUGCUGUGCGGUGGAAAUGAUGCAUUCUGCUGGCUCUCGCUAUGACUUUGAGCGCAUGGGAAUGGUCUUCCGGGCGUCGCCCCGCCAGACGGACGUGAUGAUUGUGGCGGGCACGCUGACCAACAAGAUGGCGCCUGCGCUUCGACGCGUGUACGACCAGAUGCCGGAGCCACGCUACGUCGUGUCGAUGGGCAGCUGUGCCAACGGUGGUGGCUACUACCACUACUCGUACGCUGUCGUCCGUGGCGUAGACCGCAUUGUUCCCGUGGACAUUUACGUGCCGGGCUGCCCGCCAACGGCCGAGGCGCUGCUGUUUGGUCUCAUGCAGCUACAGAAGAAGGUCAAGGGCAACAAGUCGUUGCUGCUAAAGCUGCGAAAGUAG